UGUUAUUUUAGGUUAUUUGAUUAUGAAAUCAUGGUUUUUGAUAUGAAAAUUAAUGAAUUAUGGAAAGAAAAUCAAAUAGGAAAAAUUGUGACAAUGAUGCACCAUUUUGGCUGAAUUUUUUCAAGAAGGAAUAUGAAUGUGGCUUUGCUGAUUUUUGAGUUAUUUGGUUGGACAUUGGUGAUUUGAAGCAUUAGAAAAAAAAUGGGAUCAAUUGGAGCUAAAUUGGAUGCGUAUUUCAAUUUAUCGGGUAAAAGACCGAAAUAGGUCAAUACGGUGCUUAGGUGGUGAGUCUUCCGAUAAAGGCAAGAGAAUUGCAUCCGAAGACCAGUAGUCUGAGUAUUUCGAAAAUUCCCACUCUAGACAUUGAUCAGAGUAGUCUGUAGAUAGCUAGUUCCAUCGGGGAUUUCUAUUGGAUUGCGUCUUCCAAACAAGACGUCAUUCCAUUGGUCCUUUCAACCUUAUAAUAACUCUAAAAUGGCAAAGGUCAGUACAUCAUCCAUGUUGAUGUAGCAGUGGAAGGAACAAUAAAAUAUCAUAAACAAAAAGAAGGCCUAUUUCUUUUCUACUUGCGUCCCUUGUGUCUGCUUCAAAUUUGUGAUUGACUUGGCCUCCCCCGAAUCUUUUGUUAUAUAUUACGCAAGGAACAACGAAAGCCUUCAUGGCUGCUCACAGUAAAAAACAACUCGAAGGAGAUAUGAAGACCAAAUGUAAAGCAUAUGAUAAUAAUAUCAAUAAUAGUAGCGUGGACUCCAGUUCUGUAUGGUAGACUAUUAGUAAUAGCACUAGUUUUUCCAUCAGUUUCAUCGAGUUUUGAGUCAUGGGGGAGGUGGCUGCAGAAACAAGAAAGCAGAGCCUGGUGUUUGCUGUUAAUAGACAGAGGUUUGAGCUUUCAGAUGUAGACCCUUCUACUACUUUGCUUGAGUUCUUGCGUUAUCAGACUCCUUUCAAGAGUGUGAAGCUCGGCUGUGGUGAAGGAGGCUGUGGCGCCUGCAUUGUCCUACUGUCCAAGUAUGACCCUGCGCUCGACCAGGUUCAUGAUUCUACCGUGAGUUCAUGCCUCACACUACUUUGCAGUUUAAAUGGAUGUUCAAUCACAACAGCUGAGGGAGUCGGAAAUAGCAAGGAUGGCUUCCACCCUAUUCAAGAAAGAUUCGCUGGUUUCCAUGCUUCUCAAUGUGGCUUUUGUACUCCGGGAAUGUGUGUUUCUCUCUUUUCAGCUCUUGUCAAUGCUGAUAAAACCAAUAGGCCAGAACCCCGUCCUGGGUUCUCCAAGCUGACAGUUACUGAAGCAGAAAAGGCCAUUUCAGGUAACCUUUGUCGCUGUACCGGUUACCGCCCUAUUGCUGAUGCUUGUAAAAGUUUUGCUGCUGAUGUUGAUAUGGAGGACUUGGGUUUUAACUCCUUUUGGAAAAAAGGAGAAAGUGAUGAAGUAAAGCUGAGUAGGUUAUCUUCAUACAAUCCUAACAAUGCAAGUUCUAAGUUUCCUGAGUUUCUCAAGAGGGAAAUCAAGGCAGGUGCCUGUCUGGCUUCUAAAGACUAUCGUUGGUAUAGUCCUGCUAGUCUUGAGCAACUUCAAAGCUUAUUGCAAGAGAAUGAGGCCAACAAUGGAAACUGUGUAAAGAUUAUCGUUGGUAACACAGGAGUGGGGUAUUACAAGGAACUAGAACUCUACGAAAAAUAUAUUGAUUUAAAAUAUAUUCCUGAGCUCUCAAUCAUCAGGAAAGACCAGACAGGGAUUGAAAUUGGAGCAGCUGUGACAAUUUCUAAAGCUAUCGAAGCUCUAAAGGAAGAAAAUCUAGGUGAUUAUCACCUAGAAAGUAAAACAGUGUUCAAGAAAAUUGCUGACCAUAUGGAGAAGAUAGCGUCGGGUUUCGUAAGGAAUUCAGGUAGUGUUGGAGGGAAUUUGAUAAUGGCCCAGAGGAAACAUUUUCCAUCAGAUAUUGCUACCAUACUACUUCCUGUGGGUACAAUAAUGAAUAUAACGACAGGUCAGAAACUUGAAAAGCUUACACUGGAGGAGUUCUUCACAAGGCCUCCCUUAGAUUCCAAAACCAUUCUUUUAAGCAUUAAGAUUCCUUGCUGGGAGUCAAGAAGGGAUAUUUCUUCUGAAACUGAUACUAAGUUGCUAUUUGAAACCUAUCGUGCUGCACCACGUCCUCUUGGAAAUGCACUGCCCUAUUUGAAUGCUGCUUUCUUGGCUGAGGUUUCCUUUUGUAGAAAUUCAACUGGAGUUAUGCUAAAUGACUGUCGAUUGGCUUUUGGUGCUUAUGGGACCAAGCAUCCCAUUAAAGCAAGGAAGGUUGAGGACUUUCUAACUGGAAAGUUGCUAAAUGUUGAUGUUCUCUAUGAGGCUAUUAAAUUACUUGAAACUACCGUAAUACCUCAAGAUGGCACCUCUAGCCCAGCUUACAGGUCAAGUUUGGCUGUUGGCUUUCUUUAUGAGUUCCUAAGCUCCUUAGUUCACACCCCUGAUGAAAUUCCUGGUGGUUGGCGCAAUGGAUAUAGUAUUGCUGUGUUGAAUGGGGAUUCCAAUUCAGAGAACUAUGAUAAGUUCAAUGGAAUCAAAUUCCCAACAUUGUUGUCAUCGUCAAAGCAGGUCAUUCAGUCAAGUAAAGAGUACCAUCCAGUAGGACAGCCAAUUACAAAAGCUGGAGCUGCCAUUCAAGCGUCUGGUGAGGCUGUUUUUGUGGAUGACAUUCCAUCUCCAAGCAAUUGCCUAUAUGGAGCAUUUAUUUAUAGUACAGAGCCUCUAGCACGGGUGAGAAGCGUAAAAUUUAAGUCUGGAUCACCACCGGUUGGAGUCACUGCACUUAUUUCUGUCAAAGACAUUCCAGGGAAGAAUGUAGGUUGUACAUCCAUAUUUGGUCUAGAACCUCUAUACGCAGAUGAGCAUACUCAGUGUGCAGGAGAGAGAAUUGCCUUUGUGGUUGCAGAUACACAAAGACAUGCAGACUUGGCAGCAAACCUUGCAGUGAUUGAUUAUGACAAGGAGAAUCUAGAACCACCAAUAUUAUCUGUAGAAGAGGCUGUUGAGAGGCAAAGCUUUUUUGAGGUCCCUCCUUUCCUCAACCCUGAACAGGUUGGUGAUUUUUCAAAAGGAAUGGCAGAAUCUGAUCACCAAAUUCUCUGUGCUGAGAUCAAACUUGGGUCACAAUACUAUUUCUAUAUGGAGACACAAACUGCUCUUGCUGUGCCAGAUGAAGACAACUGCAUGACGGUGUACAGUUCUAAUCAAUGCCCUGAGUUUGCACAAGACACAAUAGCUCAAUGUCUUGCUCUUCCUGCAAAUAACAUCCGUGUGAUUACGAGAAGGGUUGGAGGAGGCUUUGGUGGAAAGGCCAUAAAAGCAAUUCCUGUUGCUGCAGCCUGUGCAGUUGCUGCUUACAAAUUACAGCGUCCAGUCAGGACGUAUCUCAAUCGCAAGACUGAUAUGAUAAUGGCAGGAGGAAGGCAUCCGAUGAAAAUAACUUACAGCGUAGGAUUCAAAACAAGUGGGAAGAUUACAGGCCUAAAACUAGAUAUAUUAAUUGAUGCGGGGGCAUUUGCAGAUGCAAGUAUUCUCAUGCCAUCACUUAUACUUGGGACAGUUAGAAGAUAUGACUGGGGUGCUUUAAAUUUUAAUAUAAAAGUAUGCAAAACAAACCUUCCUAGUAGAUCUGCAAUGAGGGCCCCUGGAGAGGUUCAGGGAUCUUUUAUUGUUGAAGCUAUAAUUGAACAUGUAGCAUCCACUCUUUCCAUUGAAGUGGACUCUGUCAGAAAUAUUAAUCUCCACACAUACAACAGCCUUGGCUUUUUUUACAAGAGUAUUGCAGGUGAACCAUUGGAGUAUACUUUACCUUCAAUAUGGGAUAAGUUGGCCACUUCUUCAGACUUUUAUCAAAGGAGUGAAAUGAUAAAAGAAUUCAACAGAUGCAAUAAAUGGCAAAAAAGAGGAAUUUCACGUGUGCCUAUUGUGCAUGAAGUGAAUGUGAGACCAACACCAGGGAAAGUAAGCAUCCUAAAAGAUGGAUCAAUUGUUGUUGAAGUUGGAGGUAUUGAGCUGGGUCAGGGUCUCUGGACAAAAGUAAAACAGAUGACUGCAUAUGCUCUUAGUUUGAUCAAAUGUGGUGGAACAGAAGAACUUCUGGAAAAAGUAAGGGUCGUACAAUCUGAUACUUUAAGUUUAAUUCAAGGGGGUUUUACUGGUGGCAGCACAACAUCCGAGUCAAGCUGUGAAGCAGUUAGACUUUGCUGCAAUGUCUUGGUUGAGAGACUCACUGCUCUUAAGGAAAGGUUGCUAGAGCAAAUGGGAUCUAUAGAAUGGGAGGCAUUGGUUCUUCAGGCACAUCUCACUUCUGUGAACUUAUCAGCAAGUUCACUUUUUAUUCCUGAGUUCUCUUCCACACAUUACCUAAACUAUGGUGCAGCUGUGAGUGAGGUGGAGGUCAACCUUCUAACAGGGGAAACCACAAUUCUGCAGACUGAUAUUAUAUAUGACUGUGGCCAAAGCUUAAACCCUGCUGUGGAUUUAGGACAGAUUGAGGGAGCUUAUGUUCAAGGAAUUGGGUUCUUCAUGCUUGAAGAAUACCCCACAAACUCAGAUGGAUUAGUGACUACAAAUGGCACCUGGACUUAUAAGAUCCCUACAAUGGACACCAUACCUAAACAAUUUAAUGUCGAAAUCCUCAGCAGUGGUCAUCAUAAAAAACGUGUACUUUCUUCAAAAGCCUCUGGCGAGCCGCCAUUAACUCUAGCAGUUUCAGUUCACUGUGCUACAAGGGCAGCUAUAGCAGAAGCCAGGCAGCAACUUCUUUCAUGGAGCGGCCUAGACGGGUCUAAUUCAACAUUCCAGUUGGAGGCACCUGCCACCAUGCCUGUUGUGAAAGAGCUGUGCGGGCUUGACAGCAUUCAGAAGUUCUUGAAAUGGACAAUGGGCACAAAGUGAGCCAAUUCUACUGGCUGGCUGGUUCAAUUUUAGUAAUUCCCCACAUGCAACCUUUGACAAGUUGGAAAAAAGCAUGAAAGUACUGUCUAUUAUAAAUUGUUAUGGGCUUGGUCUGUAAUUUGCUAACUGAAUAGUAUAUGAAAAUAAGGAAACAUGGUGGCAUGUUUAGUCUGAUGCAAAAUUAAAGAGUAUUUGAUGAUGAUCAACAUGCUGGCAGCUGGCGUGGCCUGGCCUGGCCUGUUAUGUACCACAAUUAUUGCUUAACUGAACAAAUGGCUUUUAGGCUUUGUCUUGAAGGAACUUGUCAACUUGGGAGCAAGGGGUUGCUAAGGUUCGAAUCCAGUCCUACAUGCCUCACAAACAAUUUUGCUGUCAGCAGGACAAGAAGUGAAAGCCGGAAGAAGUUUUGAGACUCGUAUGUUUUUCAAGUAAAGUGAUAACAAUUGAGGUAAUAAUGCCUUAAAGCCUUGACAUUUCACCCAAAAGCCAGGCUAAUACCAUGUUAGAAUCAUAUGUCCUUGUGAUUUUAUAACUUAAGCCCAUGCAUCUGACCCGUCAGGCAUCGAA